AUGGCGACGGGGAGUUCGGCCAAAGCUCAGCCGGCCGGCGGCACCAGAUGGCCGUCACACCGCGAACGACGAGAGGCUCAGCAUUGGGCCCGGCUCUCACGGGAACGACUGGUAUGGAAGCAAGCAGCGCGGCUGCAAGAAUUGGAGUCACUAUACAACGCCACGCCUGAGACCACCAGGCGGCUCGCCUUCGUCGCGCCCGUGCUGAACGCGCAGCUCUCGGACCAGGACAUCGAGCAUCCCAAAAUACUGCGACGGAACGUCGCCUCCCAUGCUCGCCGCCUGCCUGCACCAGGAGCUCCUGACGCCAGCUGGCGGAAGGCGCGGCGUGGGCCGAGGCUCAGCCGCCCAAGCAACCCCCACAGGGUCUCGUCGAAGCUGAGGGCCGAGGCCGAUGUCUUCGUGCCCCUCGAGCACGGCGCGAUCCAGCCGCAGUACGGCCACGAGGAGCAGCACCAGCAGCGCCAGUAUUCGCCUGGGGUCGCCUACCCUUCGGCCCACUGCCUUCGUCGCACGGCGGAGGAGGCAGCGCGCGCUGCCACAGCGCGCCGCAACAACGCCGAGCUUUUCGAGACCAAAGAAAGGCAGGGCAGGCACCAUAACACCUUCGAGGCGGAAGCGAGCACCGCGAACGGCCAGGCCAGUUCCACGGAGGACGACGACCAGGAGGCCUACGGCAACCAGCAGAGCACCGAACGCAACCAGGGCAGGCACCAGAACACCUUCGUGGCGGGGGUGAGCACCGCGAACGGCCAGGCCGGCUCCACGGAGGACGGCGACCAGGAGGCGAACGGCAACCAGCAGCGUACCCAGCGCAACCAGGGCAGGCAUUUGAACAUUUUCGAGGCGGAGGCGAGCACCGAGAACGGCCAGGCCAGCCCCACGGAGGACCACGACCAGGAGGCCAACGGCAACCAGCCGCGCACCAAGACGGAGGCAGAGGACGGCUCCAACGACGCCCAGGACGCGUGCGGCGACCAGCUGCACACCGCGGAGAGGCAGGGCAGGCGCCAGAACACUUUCGAGGCUAAGGUGCGCACCGCGAACGGCAAGGCGAGCUCCUUUGAGGACGGCGCCCAGGAGGCCUACGGCAACCAGCAGAGCACCGAGCGCAACCAUGGCAGGCACCAGAACACCUUCGAGGCGGAGGUGAGCACCGCGAACGGCCAGGCCGGCUCCGCGAAGGACGACGACCAGAAGGUCAAUGGCGAACAGCUGCGCACCGAGCGCGGCCAGGGCAGGCGCCAGAACACCGUCGAGGCGGAGGCGAGCAACGGGGGCGCGCAGGAGGACCCCGCGCGGUGGGGGGCCGCACAAACAACCCCCAACUGCCCCGAGCGCGAGAAGAAAAAGCGGCGACGACGAAGAGCAAAGAGGGGGAACGACGAGGAGACGACUGGCGCAGCCAGCACUUGGGAAAGCGGCCUGAUCCCUCCAUCUGCACGCAGGCCGUUGACAGUCUUCGAGGAUGACCUCGAGGACGGGCUCGAGGGGGAUCUCGAGGACAACCUCGCCACCUCGGAACACCAGGCGAUCCUGCGCGCGCGCCUAACCCUAGUGCAGGUGAUGGGCGCUCCCGCCGCGUUCGCCGCGCUCCCGACGGAUCUGCAGACCUCCUUCGCUGAGGCUUCGAUCACCGAGCUCUCGGCUUACGUGGGCUUUCAACGAUGGCACUCGAGAGAAGGCGGCGACGCGCGAAGGGCCGCCGCCGCCAAAGCUUGGGCAUCCCUCGACGGCGAUGACACGGCCGAGUGGGUCCCCGACAACCCGAGCGCCGUGCUCGCAGCUGACACGAUGUGGGCGCCCCUCCUGCAACUCGAUCAGAACGAGGCCCACGGUCAGCGAGAGACGGACCACAGAAGGCGCGAGCAGCUCCACGACGACAGCUGCUACGAGAACGCGCGGCCCCAGGACGACUCGCACGGCGAGCACUCCGACGGCCGCCACAAGACCUCGACGCCCCCGCGGGGCGAGGCGGUAGGUCCCAGGGCGCGGCCCACCCUGGCAGGGCGAGGGGUUAGGCCCAAGUUCGCGAAUGACCAAUUCGGCCAGCACUUCGAUAACGACCUCUGA